AUGAAUGAUCCAGAGUACUGCAGGAUAAAAGAUGAAGAAACUGAAGAACAAAGAGGCUUAAUUGAACAGAAUGAGGAGAGUGAAGAACUGAGUGAAGGAGAUGAGAAACAUCAUCAUGUCAAAAUUGGAGAAAAAUCUUUGAACAGAGACAAAAAUUCUUGCCCUCAGUGUGGAAAGAGAUUCCUACACAAAACAAGUCUUAAACUUCACAUGACAGUCCAUAGUGGGGAGAAGCCACACACAUGUGAUCAAUGUGGAAAGAGUUUCAGACUAAAAAAAAACCUUAAUAAUCACAUGAAGAUCCACACUGAAGAGAAGCCGCACACAUGUGAUCAAUGUGGGAAGAGUUUCAGACUAAAAAAAACCCUUAAUGUACACAUGAUGAUCCACACUGGAGAGAAGCUGCACACAUGUGAACAGUGUGGGAAGAGUUUCACACUAAAAUCAACCCUUAAUAAUCACAUGAAGAUCCACACUGAAGAGAAGCCGCACACAUGUGAUCAAUGUGGAAAGAGUUUCAGACUAAAAAAAACCCUUAAUGUACACAUGAUGAUCCACACUGGAGAGAAGCCGCACACAUGUGAUCAAUGUGGGAAGAGUUUCACACGAAAAGAAACCCUUAAUGAUCACAUGAAAAUCCACACUGGAGAGAAGCCGUACACUUGUGAUCAGUGUUGGAAGAGUUUUGCUCUUAAAGGAACCCUUAAUGAUCACAUGAAAAUCCACACUGGAGAGAAGCCGCACACUUGUGAUCAGUGUGGGAAGAGUUUUGCUCUUAAAGGAACCCUUAAUGAUCACAUGAAAAUCCACACUGGAGAGAAGCCGCACACAUGUGAACAGUGUGGGAAGAGUUUUGCUUUUAAAGGAACCCUUAAUGGUCACAUGAGAAUCCACACUGGAGAGAAGCCGCACACAUGUGAACAGUGUGGGAAGAGUUUCACACGAAAAGAAACCCUUAAUAAUCACAUGAAGAUCCACACUGAAGAGAAGCCGCACACAUGUGAUCAGUGUGGGAAGAGUUUUUCACGUGCAUUCAGUCUUAAAUCACAUCUACGUUUUCAUUCCGGAGACAGAUCGUUUUACUGUGAUCAGUGUGAGAAAAUGUAUUUUUCAGCAUCAUCCCUAAAGAGCCACAUGAAAGUUCACACAAAGGAGAAGCCUCACAUGUGUUAUUUGUGUGGAAAGAGUUUUAGUCAACUGAGUGCUUUAAAAUCACACCAGAAAAGUCACAGUGGUGUGAAGAAUUAUAUGUGCUUUGAUUGUGGGAAGACCUUUAUUAGAGAUGCUGAACUGAAGCAGCACGAGAGAAUUCACACUGCAGGAAAACCGUGUUGA